AUGUUGUUGACAGAGUUUUUGGGGAAUGACGUACCCACCACACCUGAGCUUAUUACUCUAGACUUGUUUAGCGUAGCCACCAUUCUGCGGUCCGUCCGUCGCGGCCAACCCCGCUUCCAACAAGCCUUGGCAAGGCUACCCCACCAUUCACGUGCCGUCUGUCACGUGCCAUCACGUGCAUUGGAUCAUACCAGUCCCGUGCCUGGUACCUUGUUCUCUUUUCGGGCUGCAAGGCUUGUCACACUACUAGGAGUAAGACCUGACGCGUUCCCUCACGCCAUCUCCGUACAACAUGCCCAUUUAGGCAGUCCAGGUGCGAACAUUUGA